AUGCUCUUACAAGAUGAUGAUAUCGCUGGUCUCCAAAUCAAGUACAAGGAGGAAUGGUUCUUAGUAAAACCAAUUCCAGAUGCCCUGGUUGGUGAUGUCAUUGAGGCCUGGAGCAAUGGGAUAUACAAAAGCAUUGAACACAGAGCUAUCACAAGCAAUAAGAAGGCGAGGAUGUCUCUCGCAACAUCUGUGAUAGCAAAUGAAGUUGUUGAAAUUGGUCCACUGCAGGAGAUGGUAGAAGAUGAUGUGUCAUUGAUUUUCCAUGGAAACCAUGCUAAGAAACUAGACGCUAAAAAUGGUUAUAUGCACAAAUCUGAAUGCGCAAAUCCGAAGCAUGCCAUGAUCAAGUGUAGAGAUGAUGAGCGUAAGUUCCGUUAG